GGGUGAGCCCUGGACGCACGGGCGCGUCCGCGGCAACACCUAGAAGGGACCCGAGGCCCUUCUUGUGGAGUCCCCACCGAGGGAAAUAAGGGGCACCUGUCAGGGUACUCGGGAGACCCCAAGACCUCCUAAAAAUCGUAGCUCACUGGGCAUGGCGUGGGACGCAGAGAAGCCUGCAAAGGCCUGGAAGGAUGCGAGGCUCCCGCUCUCCACCACAAGCAAUGAAGCUUGCAAGCUGUUUGAUGCCACGCUGACCCAGUAUGUAAAAUGGACCAAUGACAAGAGUCUCGGUGGCAUCGAGGGCUGCCUGUCAAAGCUCAAAGCAGCAGAUCCGACCUUCGCAAUGGGCCACGCCAUCUCUACUGGCCUUGUACUGAUUGGCACUGGAAGCUCCGUGAAGCUGGACAAAGAGCUGGACCUGGCUGUGAAGACAAUGGUGGAGAUUUCAAGAACCCAGCCGCUGACAAGGCGGGAGCAGUUGCACGUGUCUGCAGUAGAGACGUUUGCCAAGGGGAACUUUCUGAAAGCCAGUGAACUAUGGGAACAGAUUCUCCAGGACCACCCAACAGACAUGUUGGCCCUGAAAUUUUCCCAUGAUGUUUAUUUUUACCUGGGCUGUCAGGAACAGAUGCGAGAUUCUGUUGCUCGAGUUUACCCCUUCUGGACACCUGACAUCCCCCUAAGCAGCUAUGUGAAAGGCAUCUACUCUUUUGGCUUGAUGGAAACCAACUUCUACGACCGGGCAGAAAAACUUGCCAAAGAGGCUUUAUCUAUUAACCCGACAGACGCAUGGUCGGUGCACACCAUCGCUCACAUCCAUGAGAUGAAAGCAGAGAUCAAGGAUGGGUUGGAAUUCAUGCAGCACUCAGAGACCCACUGGAAGGACUCGGAUAUGUUGGCUUGUCAUAACUAUUGGCACUGGGCUUUAUAUCUGAUUGAGAAGGGCGAAUAUGAGGCCGCACUGACCAUCUUUGAUACUCACAUCCUUCCCAGCCUGCAGGCCAGUGGUACCAUGCUGGACGUGGUGGAUAACUGCUCCAUGCUCUACCGCCUGCAGAUGGAAGGGGUGUCUGUGGGCCAGCGGUGGCAGGAUGUCCUGCCUGUGACCCGGAAGCACAGCCGAGACCACGUCCUGCUGUUCAAUGACGCACACUUCCUGAUGGCAUCCCUGGGUGCACAUGACCGCCAGACCACACAGGAGCUGCUGACCACCCUGCGGGACGCCAGCGAAUCUCCAGGGGAGAACUGCCAGCACCUCCUGGCCCGAGACGUGGGGCUGCCCCUGUGCCAGGCCCUGGUGGAGGCUGAGGACGGGAACCCUGACCGCGUCCUGGAGCUGCUCCUGCCCAUCCGCUACCGGAUCGUCCAGCUCGGUGGGAGCAAUGCCCAGAGAGACGUCUUCAACCAGCUGCUGAUUCAUGCGGCCUUAAACUGCACCUCCAGCGUCCAUAAGAAUGUGGCCCGGAGCCUUCUGAUGGAGCGUGAUGCCUUGAAGCCCAACUCGCCCCUGACUGAGCGGCUCAUCCGCAAGGCGGCAAGCGUCCACCUCAUGCAGUGAGCCAGCCUGGCCGCCUCCACCAUGCGGAACCUCGGUGAUGGCCUCGCUGCGUCCAGUCAGCGUGCUGCACCAGGUUAGGGUCAGGAGACGGCUGGAGCCUGUUUGUUAGGGCUGUUAGAGGGUGAUCUUCAGUUUUACGGGAAGGGGGUCAGAGGUUAAUUUUAAAUGUGAUUCUAAAUCUCCUUUCAGUGCUUGAGAAGGGCCAAUGUGCAUUUUUCAGCAGUCACAGCCAGUGCGAGUGCUGCUCUUUCCACCUGCCUUGCAAAUUCUGUUUCCCAGGGGAAUGUGUCUACUGCCUGGUGGUUCAAGGGUUGGAAGGCAGGGCAGGGGUGGGAGCUGAUUCCACUAGGACAGGUCUUCCAGAGGCAGCCAGCCUCCCACCACUGCCUGUCCCCUUCCAGGCUGCCCUUGGGAUGGACCUUUUCAUUCUUUCCCUUAUAUUCUAGACAGGUUCUGUCAUCUCAUUGUGUUGCUGUCCCAUUUUUCAGGUGAGGGUACCGGGGUAGGGGAGUGGCCUGCCCAGGGUCACACAACGAGAGGCCCCACCUGCUGCCUUUGGGCUCAGCUCCCUGCUGCUGCAUCCACCGCCCUCCUUACAGAUGAACGUGCACAUGGGGUCCUCCUGCUAUCUCUGGGGCGUCUUAGAGCCCCCUGGGGGGCUCUGUUGGUGCUGAUUUGGACCCGUUUCUCUUUUUAAACUGCACAUCAUAAGGCUUCAUGUUGAGCAUGAUUUUAAUCAUAAAUGCACUUUUGAGAUGCAGGGAUUGAGCUCAGAGCUUCUCUGCUGUGGCAAAAUGCAAAGUGCUGUGAUGUGUGGCUGUGACAAGCCUGGAGUGGGCCCUGUUAGUGCCGCCUCUGUCUCCUGCUUCCCCACUGAGCACCUCCUGAAUGUGCUGCUGACUGAGUUGUGCUGCUUUCAGCCUUCCUGUGAGGGGAGGUCCCAGUGCACAGAUGUUUUUCAAGUUCCUCAGUUUGUACUGAAAUUAGGUAGGGAUUCAUCAGGGCAGGAAGCAGGCCUCCUAGAAGAGAGGAGGCCUCCAAAUCUAUUGAGUCCCCACAGUGUGCUCAAGCCUAGGCAAAUUUCUGUGGUUAAAAUGAAUUAUUAAUCAGUUCCUUCAAGUCUUUGAGCAUCUAUGGUGCAGGCCUGGGGCUGGGUCCUGGGGAGGUGGCUUCUCCCUGAACUUAAGGUAGGUGGGGCGGGGCAGGCCAGGCCAGGCGCAGUGGCUCACACCUGUAAUCCCAGCACUUUGGGAGGCCGAGGCGAGUGGAUCCCCUGAUGUCAGGAGUUCGAGACCAGCCUGGCCAACAUGGUGAAACCCUGUUUCUACUAAAAAUACAAAAAUUAGCUGAGCAUGGUGGCGCACAUCUAAUCCCAGCUGCUUGGGAGGCUGAGGCAGGAGAAUUGCUUGAACCUGGGAGGCAGCGAUUGCAGUGAGCCAAGAUCAUGCCAUUGCACUGCAGUCUGGGCAACAGAGCCAGACUCCCAUCUCAAGGGGGAAAAAAAAAAGUAGGUGGGGCAUCUAGUCAAGAAAAUGGGUAAUUACAGUAGGACUUCCAGAGAGUCGCCUUCUCUACCCAGGAACUAGGGACAUGUCCUAAGGGGAGCCUCCCUCCCCUCUCCUGGUUCCAAGCAAGACAUGACUUAGCUGUGCAAUUGGGAACCCUGGUCCCUCCUCCAGGAAGCCUUCUACCCCCCAACCCCCACUGCAGGCUGGUGAGGGUGCUGCCUCUGUGCCCCUCAGCCCUUGGCAUGUGUCCUUGCUAUUGCACCCCUGCUGUGACCUCUCCAGGUCAGGGACAGCAUCCAUCACCUGGCACAGGGCCUGCAGUGAGUAGCUGUCAGUGAAAGUUGGUGAAUGAAUGCAUAAAUAAAUGAAGUCAACUCUG